AUGAAUGAAACACUAAAUGAAUUGCUGAAUUUGUUCGAAGAUGAUGAACAAUUUAAAGUACAAAAAUCACCGAAUGUCGAUGGUGGAAAUGAUAGAGGAAUGAAGAAGAUGGAUGACAAACAAAAAAAGGAUAGGACUAAUUUAACUAUAUCAAAUACAAUUAGCGCUGAAAAGAAACGUAAGUACGAGACAUAA